CUUUUUCUUCCACAUACUCUCUUUUCCUCUCCUCUCUUCUCUGUCUCUGAUAAAGAAGAUGCAGUAACAUUAAUCCCUUUUGUAAAGUUUCUCCUUAUGAGAAGUCCUUAUUAGUGUCUCUUUUGCCCAAUAUUGACUUUAACCUAAAGCAGUAUUAAUUCAUUGGGGUGAGAGAUAAGAGAUUUUCUCAUCAGUCGUUUUUACUCUUGGACAAAAAAAGUUGAAGAGUCAAUUAUCGUUGAUUCAUUUGCAGAAUAUUGCAAAAGGUAUCUGCUCUAUAGGCAGCAGCGCAACCCACUAAUGGAUCGUUUCCCAAUAAUGGUCAGGUACCACUACUAGUCUAGUCUUUUUCCAUCUUUCUGUCUUCUCUCCUUCUUAUGUCUAAAAAUACCAAAACUAAUAGCCGCCCCAUAUCACCAAUUUAAUUAAUUCACUACCUUCUAUCUCCCCCUAUACUAUUUUCUAAUUCCUUCCUCUCAUGAUGCAAUUUACUGAGAGUUUACCUCCAUCAUUUCACCAACAAGUUUCACCAAUAUUUUCAAGUCUGAUGUUGAACAAGAAUGACAAUCAGAUCCAACGCGCAAGACCGUGGCCUGGUUUUCCAACAUCGAAAAACUUGGGAACUAUAGGCGACGCUAAUUGCAUGGAACAAUUGUUAGUCCAUUGCGCCAACGCGAUCGAAAGCAAUGACCCAACUUUAGCUCAACAAAUUUUAUGGGUCCUUAACAACAUUGCUCCUCCAGAUGGUGACUCUAACCAACGCCUCGCUUGUGGUUUCCUCCGAGCCCUUAUCGUUCGCGCUGCAAAAAUUGGGACUUGCAAAUUACUCACUGCCAAUCUCAAUCAUUCGAUGGAAACACAUAAAUUCUCUAUCAUAGAGCUAGCCGGUUUCGUUGACUUAACCCCGUGGCAUCGUUUCGGGUUCACGGCCGCUAAUGGAGCUAUAUUAGAAGCUGUAGAAGGUUACUCUAUUGUUCAUAUUGUUGAUUUUAGCUUGACUCAUUGCAUGCAAAUUCCCACACUUAUUGAUGCUAUUUCUACUCGACUAGAAGGACCUCCGUUGGUCAAACUUACGGUAGCUGGUGCAACAGAAGAUUUACCACCUAUGCUUGAUCUUUCUUAUGAGGAAUUAGGUGCUAAGUUGGUAAAUUUCGCAAGGUCAAGAAAUGUGAUGAUGGAAUUUAGAGUGAUUCCUUCAAGUUCAUCGGACGGGUUUUCGAAUGUAAUCGAACAGCUACGUGUCCAAAAUUUAAUACGUCCAGAGAAUGGCGAGGCACUAGUAAUAAAUUGUCACAUGAUGCUUCAUUAUAUACCAGAGGAAACAACAGUACUUUCCCCUCGAUUUCCUUUGGAUCAGAGUAUUAAUUCUUCAGUCUCCUCGUUUCGUACUAUGUUUCUUAAGGCUAUUAGGAAUUUAGACCCGACAAUUGUAGUGUUAGUGGAUGAAGACGCGGAUUUUACGUCUAAUAAUCUGGUCUGCAGAUUAAGGUCGGCCUUUAAUUAUCUAUGGAUACCUUAUGAUACUAUGGAUACAUUUCUUCCGAGAGGUAGCAAGCAAAGGCAGUGGUAUGAAGCUGACAUUUGUUGGAAGAUAGAAAAUGUUAUAGCUCACGAGGGUCUUCAAAGACUCGAGAGGCUCGAGCCGAAGAGUCAGUGGGUGCAACGGAUGAGAAACGCCAAUUUUAGGAGCAGUGGUUUUAGUGAAGAUUCAGUUUCGGAAGUGAAGAACAUGUUGGAUGAGCAUGCAGCUGGGUGGGGGCUAAAGAGGGAUGAGGAAGAUAUUGUGCUUACAUGGAAAGGACAUAAUGUUGUGUUUGCUAUAGCUUGGGUUCCUCUUUAGUAUUUUCCACAUUUUAUUUUUACAACUCCGUCCUACUAAUCUUGAUUAUUCCAUAUAUCGCUCUUUAAUUUCCUCUUCAUCAUGAAUAUGAUGGACCUAGUUAAUUGGCCUAAAUAUAAUGCGUCCAUUCACUACUUCAUUAAGCUUUUCAUGAGAAGACCGAUGUUUUGAGUCACU